AUGCAGCCACCGCUGGAGAAUGAAUCCAGUGUCUUAGGAUUUACACUCUCUGGUCUAAACGAAACAAUGGAAAACAGAUAUGUGUUUUUUUCUUUGACAGCACUGUUUUAUCCCCUAAUGGUGCUGUGUAAUCUAAUUGUAAUUUUCACUAUAAUAUCACAAAACACACUUCAUGAGCCAAUGUAUGUUUUUAUAUGCAAUUUGUGUAUAAACACACUUUAUGGUACUGCUGGAUUCUACCCUAAAUUUAUGUAUGAUUUAUUAGCUGACGAUCAUGUGAUUUCUUAUGUUGGAUGUAUGAUUCAGAUAUUUGUUAUUUAUUCAUCUGUUUUAUGUGACCUUUCAACAUUAACAGUAAUGGCAUAUGACAGGUAUGUGGCAAUAUGUAGACCACUGGAGUAUCAUGCAAUAAUGACCAAUCAGAGAGUUCUUGAAUGGAUCAUUUUCUGCUGGAUGACUCCAUUUUUUUGCAUGUCUGUUCUAAUUGUAUUAACAGCUAGACUCACUUUAUGUGGCUCUACUAUUGAAAAGUUAUAUUGUGAGAUUUGGGCAGUCGCAAAACUUUCGUGUUUUUCUACAACAUUAAAUAAUGUGUUUGGGUACAUUGUUAUUAUGGGAUACUUUGGACAUGCAGUAUUGAUAUAUUGCUCAUAUAUUCAGUUGAUUAGAAUGUGCAUAAAGUCUAUAGAGGUCAGGCAUAAAUUCAUGCAAACAUGUGUGCCACAUCUGCUCUCUUUGUUCAUUGUGGCUAUUGCAUUGUUCUUUGAUGUUCUGUACAGCCGGUAUGGCUCAAAGAAUGUGCCACAAGGUGUGCGUAAUUUUAUGGCUUUAGAAUUCCUACUCAUAACACCAAUUUUAAACCCCCUUAUUUAUGGACUAAAUCUGUCAACAAUACGGCAACACGUUAUUAGAUUGUUUUCCAAGAAACAAGUGGGAAUUUCUGAGUGA